UAUGUCGUGCGAUGGCAUUACCGCAUGUCUCGAGUGGGCCGGCAGUUACGGACGGGAGACGUGUCGCGACACUCCAUGAUUGGAAGGGAUCGGAGCUGUUAUUUCUUUUGGCACGGAUUGGGCACUAAGAGCACAGAGAAGGGCGCCUCAGCUCUCAUGACAAUAGAGUUGGACAAAGAAAAGGCUCAACAGGUCCGGGUGUCGGAGCACAGAGAAGAGCCAUGUUUUCUGAAUAUAUUCAACGGAUCUUUCAUUAUAUUGAGAGGAAAGAGGGGACAGACUUCCGCCAAAAACAAUUGGCAAUUGUUUUACGUGAGGGGUGUUGUGCCAAACGAGGCCACUCUCGUGGAGGUGGAGCCCCGGGUUCAGAGCUUACGAAGCCGUACGGCA